ACUGUUAGAAAAUAGAAAUCAAUAAUUUGAGCAUUAUCGUAAUGUAAAAUUUUUACGGUUUUUAAAUUUUAAUUUAAUACAAUGUAAUCCAAAAUACAUACAUUAUAAUACAUAUGAUACACAAGAUGAACACUUAAGUACACCACAGGUGAAUAGAAAGUAAAUAGGUACACAUUUUAAAAUUAUUAUAAUGUAAUGUAGGUACCUACCUACAAAUAUUGUUUGUACCUACCAUAUUUCUGAGAAAAAAUUGCUUAGGUUAGUACUUGCCUAUCUCUGAAAAAUGGACAAUCGGAUAUAUAAAUCAUAAUUCAAACUUAAAGUAGCCUUUUUGGCGUUUAGAGCGUGCAGCUGUAUCUGUAUAUGGUAUAGGUAACCUGCAUGCUCAGUGGUAGGUACCACCUAUGAUUAAAACAUUUAGUAGAUAAAUUUUUGUAUUUAAAUGAUUUUAACCACAAUAUAAAGAUGAAGAUCUACAUUGAAGAAUCUACAUAAAGAUCUGUAACCCACUGGGCAUUGAUCCUCCAUGAUAGGAUAUGUACCAAUCAAUAAAAGUGUAAUUUGGUAAAUUAUAAUUAGGUAUUUGUCUACUUAAUGAUAAUGAUAUUAUUAUGCAGAUAGUUAGUAGGUAAAGUAGAUAGCUACCUAAAUAAUUCUUAAUUUUUUGUUGUGGAGCCAAUACAAAUGGAUGAAGGGCUACCUAAAUCCUCGGUUGAUUUCAAUCAUAGACCUAUAAACCUUUAUUAUCAGGUCUAUAAUUUCAAUUUCCAAAAUACUUCGAAGUUGGUUUAGAGUUUUUAUUUUAAUUCAAGCUGAUAACAUCACAUCAUGUUAUCAGUUUUUUUAUUAUAAUAUUGUUGUCUAUUUUGUUAUAAUCACGAUUGUAUCCAUAACUGUAGUGAUAAUGUUUAUAAAUUCGAAAUGCUUAUUGUCAUGUUUAAAAAUGUUGACAUUAUUUUUCAGUUUAAGAAUAAGGAACUAAUGUUACUUGUGUUAUUCUUAACGUUCUAUUAGUUUAUAUGUUUUUAAUAUUAGAAUAUUACAAUGAGUGUCCGACUACUGUGUGUAAAUGUGGUAUCGGUGCAAGACAGUUUUGUUCAUUUAUCAUCAAAGUUAGUAAGAGAACUUAACACUAUAUCAAAUAAUACACAACCGGUUAGUAAAUCGUGGAAGAUAUUUCUGUUUCUGAAACAUGCAUAAUAAUUAUAUUGAUGUGUUUUAGCUGUGUUUGAAAGUGAUGACACUUGAUGAUGUACAGGCAGAAUUGUAUGUGUCUUGUAGUCAAACACCAUAUAAUUCAAACGGAGAUGAAAUGUUCAACAUCAGCCAUGAAUUUCUAAUCACUCUGGGGCUCAAGGUAUCACAACUAGUGUUGAUUACAGUCGUCGAUCACGUUUAUCCAUUAGAACGUAUCUAUGUCACUCCAUUAACAGAGGAAGACUGGGACCUAUUAGUAUGUAAAAAAAAUUUACUUUUUCUUUUAUUGAUUACAAUUAUUACCUAUCUUUUGAAACAAAAUAUUUUUAUGUAAAAGAUACAGGUUUAACUGAUAUAUUCUUUGUAAAAUGUAUUUAUUAUAUUCAUGCAUAGGUUUUAUCACUUUUAAGAAGUAAUUUAUAAGGUGUUUAUUAAGAAAAACCUAUUUCUUCAAACUAAUUUAAUGUAAAAUAAUAAAAUAAUAAGCAAAACAUUUUUUUUAACUUUCAAUGGUUCAUAUUGUAUGUCUCAAAUAUCAUAUUGGAAUAAAUUAAAUGUUUCAAAUGGUUAGGAAAAAUCACUUUUUGUGUUAGUAUUUUGUAGAACCUAUAAUUAUUAUCAUAUAUUUAUAAGUGGAACUGUCAAAAUUUCAGGGUUUGGAUUCUUGUAGUUCAAUAUCCACAAUAUUAAUAUAAUAUGGACAACUGAUCCUUAGGGGUUUUGUGGCUGAUUUCUACCGCUGGUCGUCCGCGUCUUAGCGCUAGGCGCUACUUGCGGACGAUUGUGGUGCUAGAGCAACGAAAACAAGCCACUUCCGGUCUAGGGUCUUCGGAGGGAACACCAGCUCUAAGCUUUUGUAGGGCCCGUACCUUCCUCGCUACCGGGAUGGGUUCCCGGUCACCCAAUAGGUGCAGUGGAUAAGGUUUACUAUCUUGCGCCAGUCCCACAGCCACCAUGUUUCAUCCAAGUUAGGCUCCUCUAUCUUGGGGGCACUAAGUCUAGAGCGGCCAGGCCAAUACGGCGUGAAGUGGGGCUCCCCCGCCCAUGGUACCGAAUAGAUUUUAUGUUGAACUCGGGGGGUCAACCUGAGAUUGCGUCUCUCCCACUAUUUUUGCUCCUCAGCCGGCUAGUGGUGGGCUUAUAUAAUAUGGACAAUAGUAUCUAUAUUGCUAUUGUUGUUUCUAAACAUAUUAUUAUAUUGAAUUUAUAAUAAUUUCCUCUGUGGUAUUGUAUGUUACAGGUAUUAAAUAAUAUCCCUCUUCAACAUAGUAUACUACAACAACUGCAAAUAGUCUAUAAAAAUGAAAUACUUCCAAUUUGGGUUUCAAAAUUUAUACACUUAAAAAUAUGCAUAGGUAAGGUAAUCAAAUUUUGGUUUGUUUGUACUUUAACAGAAUAUUUCAUUUUUGAUAUUUUUUUAAAUUUUAAAUUUGAUAAUUCUUUCGAUGCUAAUUAUGAAUACUCAACCAGAAUUUGACAAUCAAACUUAGUUAAAAAGUUACAGCCAUUACAGUUUGCGUUUUUAGUAUUAAAUGCGGCCGUGUAGUAGGCAUUACGUUGUUGGUAGGAUCAAUGCAGAGUUUUGUUUUAAUUAAAUAAAUUUAUUUAAAAAAUAAGGCUGUAGGUAUGUCAAUAUUGUUAUCGACACAAAUCGUAGUUUAUUUUCGAAAAAACAGUCCAAGAAAGCGAGUGACUGCUUAUGUCUCCAAGUGCAUCCAAAAUGCAUGAUGUAAAGAUUUUUUUAUCUAACCAAUGUGGUUUUGUUAACCAAUCAAGGUUUAUUUUAAAUUAAAACACCCCGAGCAAGUGCAGAGACUGAGUGACCACUUAGAGGUCUAAAGUAUGAUAAUAUUCAAUGAAAGUAUUAAACAUAUUUUAUUUUAUCAAUCAAAGAAUAGUAGGGUCUAUAGCAAUGGUAUGUAAUACUUAAAUGCAAUAGGUACCUAUAGUGGCUGCCACACAACCAUGCAUAAUGCUAAAAUCACAAACUUUAAGACUUUAACUAAAUCCAACCGCCAAAUCAACAUUAAAAUGUGCAGUAGGUUAAAAAAACAUUUUAAAAGUUUAAUGUUUGGAUAAAAUAGAAAAGUUAUCAAAUUUACGAUGAGUUACAUAUAUUAUUGUAAUACUAAUGUGAUUGGUUUUUUUUUUUAGGUGACCUAGGAUUUGGUGAUUUUCAAAUGGGGUUAUUAAAAGACACUACAGAAAUAGUUAUUAAAUCUGAUGUAAUAAAACCUGGUAUUAUUUCUAACAAAGAUAAUUUAGCUAGUAUUUUGCAAAAAAAUAUGAAAGAUCAAAAUGAAUGUAUUCCUCUUACAAAAUUUGACAAUCAGUUAAUUUUUCGCACAAUUUUUGUGAAUGAUACUUUAUUAGAAUUUGAUUCUAUUUAUGAUUAUUGUGCUCUUAUUUCUAAAUUGCAUAUGUCAAUGUUAUUUAAAAAUAAUGACCCAUAUUCUUCUGGUAAUAGUUUUGUUAAAGUAACACUUUUAAAAACUGAAUUAGAUCAAACAAAAAGCAAAGAAAAUCAAAUUGUACAAGUACCUUAUUUAAUUAUACGGUUGUGCCCAUUGAACCCAUUUAUGAAUAAUGUUGAAGAAAUGGAAAUUAUUAAUUGGCCAACUAUCUAUGUUACAAACACUUUAAGUAAAAUGUUUGGCUUAAAUAUUAAUUCUAAAGUUGUGUUGGAGCCAAUUAUUCGAAUGGAAAAUGAAAUUUGUGAUGUUCAAAAUAUUUGUAUUUACCCUAUAACAAGAAAAGUUAGUUUACGUUAUUACUUUUUUUGUUAAUUGUUUUUAUUUUAUAUUAUAAAAUUUUUUUCAGUCUAAUUUAGAUGAAAAAUCUAUUUUAAAUUGCACAAUACAGCUAUUAAAGAAUGAAGUAGUUCAUCGAAAAAUGUUGGUUUUAAAUAACAAGUCUUCACUACAUGUAGUAUACAAUACAAUUAUGACAAUAGAUGUCAUGGUUACAUUUUUUCCAUCAAAUAUUCCUUAUAUUUAUCUCAAUGAAUAUAAUAUUGGAAUGCUUAAAUUUACUAUUAAAACUAAAGACAUGCCUAAUAUUGUUCCUAAUCAUGGGGUUGCUAAUGAUAAAACAGCAACAAAUCAGUUUAUAGACCACUCAAUAUCUAUCACUUUUAGAUCAGAAGAAUAUUAUGAUAUAAAGUAUGUAUCUAAAAUCCAAUGUAAAUCUUUAUCCAUUUUAAUAAUUUAAUUAUUUUUAACAUAGAAUUGAUAGGUCUAUACUUUUAAAUAAUAUCUAAUUUCAGUUAGUAAAAUAUUUAACAUUAAUAAAUUAUCAAAUUAAGAAACAAUAUUUGUUGUAUCCAUAUUUUACUUUCGAUGAUGUCUGAUGAUGGUAGAAACUAGUCAUAACUAUUUUUAAAUUUUAAUAUAUGAAAUUAUAUUUUUAUAAUACUUAUGGCUUAAUUUGAUAAUUUAUAUUUGAAUAUUAAACUGUUGAUUUGAGCAUUAGCACAGCUAAUUUUAGACGGAAGUUAAAAAGUCAUAGCACUGGUUAAACUCAACUGGUUUUAAGAACUAUUAUUUGCUCACUUUAGUGUAAAUAAAUUAUUUAUAAUGUAGUAAUAUUUUUAUUAUGCACUAACUUCUUAUAAAUUAUAUUGGUUAAGAAACAUAUUUUAUUGUGUUAAUUGUGAAUUAAUGUAAUAAAUUUGUAUGCAGGUGUUUCAAAGAUAUGAAAGAGACUGGAUCUUUAUGUUUGAAACUGGGUUUAAAUUGUUACAAUACUUUACCUCAAACAUUUAUGGCAUAUGAUAAUUUAUUAAUAACUGGUAAAUAAAUAUUAACUAUUAUUAUUAACUUCCAGACAAUAAAUUGGUGUUUAUUUCAGGAGCUAUUGGAUCUGGAAAAACAACGAUUGCUAAAAUGCUUUGUCAUGAGCUUUCUAAAUGUCCAUAUUUUGUGAAAAUAAUUUGGAUAAAGGGACGGUUUUUAGCAGGUAAACAAAAAAUAAUCUUAAAUAUUACUUUAUGUUUUUUUUUUUACAUACAUAAUGAAUACUUACAGGUAAACUAUGGGAUAUAGUUCAAAAAAUAUUAACCAGUCAGUUUCAAGAAAGUUUGUAUUAUCAGCCUGUGGUUAUUGUAAUCGAUGAUUUUGAUGCAUUGUGUCACUUAAAUUCUGAACCAAAUGAACACGCUGAUAUAUCUAAAUUUUAUCUAAAGUAUAUAUUUAUGUAUAUAUACAUAUAUUAGGGUGAUUCUAAUCAGGUGGAACUGAAAUAAUUUUGUAAGAUGCAUUGUAAAAAUAAUUUUUGUACUUUUUGUAUAUGAUAAGUCAACCUCUUUUGUGCUACAAAGGGUUUGAAAUUUUGUAAACAAGUUUUUUUUAAAAUUUUUAACAUUCAAAAAUUUAUCAGAAACUUAUUAUUGUUAACAAGAUUUCCUACAUAAUAGCUCUCUUUAAUAUUUCAGUAAAACUUACCAGUGUAUAUAAAAAACUGAUUUAAAAGUUGAUAGAUUUGUAAUAGUAAAAUUCAAGAUUAUGUUAAAUUACAAAUCUACCAAAUUUUAAAUCGAUAUUGUACAUACACUGUUAAGUUUCAGUGAAAUUUUAAUGGGAGCUAUUGUGUAGGAAAUCUUGUUUUCUAUAAUAAAAUUUCUGGUACAUUUUUUUUUAUGUUAAAAAUCUAUGUAAAUUAAUUUAAAAACAACCCCAUUUUUUACAAACUUCAACUCUUUUGACUCACAGGAAGGGCUUAACUUGUCAUACACAAAAAUUAUUUUUAUAAUAUACCUAACAAAAUUUUGAGACCAGGAAUUCAAAUAUUUUUACAUUGAUUUUCAACACCUAUAGUUAAGGACCACCCUAGUAUAUGUUUAUUAAUAUACAUUUUAAAAUCAAUGUUGACUAUGUGAACAUUAUUUUUCAUAAUUGUAUUAUAGGUCAUUUCAUUUGUUGUUGAGAAUGAUUGAAGAAUAUACUAAUUAUAAUAACAGCAUUCGUGUUAUUUGUACUGCUAAACCAUUCAAUGAAGAACAAAACAAUUUGUUUUCAAAAAAAUUUAAACAUGUUUUUAAAACUGUCAUACAAGUGCCAUCAAUAGAUAAGGUAAAUAGGAUAAUUUAAUGUAUUUAUUAAGUAUAUCAAUUAAACAUAUUAUCUUUUUAGGAAAAUAGGAAAGCAAUAAUUUCAAAACGCCUAUAUCCACUUAAAUCGUAUAAGACUGAUAAAUAUUUAGAUGAAAUUUGUGAAAAAAUGGAUAGUUACGUCAUUCAAGAUCUUAUUGACUUCUGUGACAAAGUUUUAUUUGAUAAUUACAAGGGUAAAUGGUUUAAAUAUCAUUAUAAUAGUAUAACAAUAUAUUAAUUAUUAUUAUAUUAGAGUUUAUCAUAUUUCGUGAACUAUGUACAAUAAAAUGGUGGGCAGGCAAUGAAAUUUACUAAUUUUACUUAUUUAAAAGAGUAUGUUUAUCAUAUAUUAUACAUCAUGCAUAAAGGGUGUCUUUUCAUUUAAAAAUCUACAUUUUUAUUUAUAUUCAAAUCAACAGCACGAUUAUUUUUUUGUAAUUGAAAAAACUGCAAAAUUUGAAUUAAUAAAAGGUUUCUAUAAUUUCAUUUCAGAGAUAAGUCCUUUGUACUUAGUUUUAGAGUUUCUGUUAGUUUUACCAAUAUAAUAAUUAUUAAAAUUUAAUUUAAGUUUAUAUAUAGCUGUAAUUAAGUAUAUAUCUGUAUUAUACAACUGUACUAUAACUUUAUUGUAAUUUAUUUUUAAAGAUUUUACCUACUUGGAGCUCAAGCACUGCAUUUUGGAGAGGAAUUAAAUCAUAUGUAAUACAAUUCUUUGAUAUGUUUCUUGUAAUAUUUGUUUUAUUAUAGAAAAAACAGCAAAUGAUUGUUAUUAUUAUAAUAUAAUAAUACUAAAGUAUUAUAUUAUUAUAUACUUUAGUUUUCUAUACUCAAAAAUAGUAGGUAUUUUCUUAAAGUCUUCAGUACUAUAAAUUAUUUGGUUCAUUAAAUCAUUAUUAAUCUUGAAUACCACUGACAUUAUUAUAAUACUAAAAAUACUAAAAUUAACAAUAUUAGUAGGGUUCUGCAGUAUCCACACUUAUCUUUUAUACAAUGUAUACCAUGUAUUUUUCUUAUGGGGUUCAUAUUAUUAUUAUAACUUAUAUCAAAAAUAAUGUUAUAAACUUGAGCUUACUCCACUUCUUAAUGAACAUAAUUAUCAGCAUAAACUAAACAUUGGCUAUGAUAUUGCUUUUAAUGAUAAUUAUGAUUUAUAAGCCAUAAUAAAAAUACAAGACUGUGUACAAAAUAAACAGCAUAGAAACCUACUAAUAGUAUUGUUAGCUAUUGUAGUACCUAUGAAUUAUAAUAAUUUAUAACAUUUCUAGUAAAUUUGCAAAACUUCUAAAUACUAAUUUUAAUAAUAUUAGUGCCUUUAAAACUAAUAAUAAUUUAAUUAACUCAAUAAAUUAUAGUGCUAAAGACUUCAUGAACAUCUCUUAUUUUUGACAAUGCUAGUUUAUUAACAAAUUGUUUAUUUUAUCAAUAUAUGUAAUUUUAAUAUAUUUUAUAUUGGUAAGACUAAUAGGAACUUUUAAACUAGAUAAAAAACAUAUCUCUGAAAUAAAAUUAAAAAUAGCUUCACCUAAUUCUAAUUUUGUGAGAUGCUUUAGAAAAUAAUCAUAAUAUUAAUUUUUAUUUAUUGGUGUAAACAAUAACUUUGAUCAUUAAGAUUUGAGUAUUAAUUCUGUACUGUAAGAUUUUCUUAUUUAUAAAGAUAUUAAGGAAUGUGCAAAUAGAUUUUCAAAAUGAAGACUUACCAAUGAGGUCAGUGUACAAAACUGAAAUUAUUCAGGAGAAGCGAAUAACUAUAAAAUAAAUAACUGAAUUCUUUAAUUUUGAAACAUAUUUGAAGUGUUUACAUCACAAGAAUAAGUUUUAAUUUCAAACUGUUUUAACACAAUCAUAAAUCAUACUAACAAAAACUCUACUUUCACUACAAGCUCUGCUUAAAGAGAGUAGAAAUUAUUAUUUUGCAAAAUUUUAGAAUAUAUUUAUAUUAUGUAUUAUCUCUAUUGAGACAAUUGAAUAAAUUAUUAGUUUUAUAAUUUAACAUAUUAUAAUAACUAAAAUAGGUGAAAGUGAUAAACUGAUAAUCAAAUCUGUUUUGAAUAACGCCUUUGAAAAAACUGUUCCACUUUCAUUGCACAAUGUUGGUUUAUUCAAAGAUAAAACAAUAAAUUUUUCUUUGAUUGGUGGUUUAAAAGAUGCUAAACAAACCAUUAUUGAAACAAUUAUAUGGCCAUCAAUAGUAAGAUUAAAUUUCAGUAAAUUAGAAUUGCAAUAUAUUAAUAUAUUAAUAUAUUUAUUUAUCCUUAUUUUUAGCAUUCAGAUAUAUUUAGCAAAUGUCCACUUAAACUUCAGUUUGGACUUUUACUUUAUGGACCACCUGGUUCAGGAAAAACUUUAUUGGCUAAAGCAGUUGCUGGAGAAAGCAAUUUAAAUUUUAUUUCAAUCAAUGUCAGUAUGCAACAUAUGCUUUAGAACUUUAAUGAUAAAUAUUAUAUUUUAGGGGCCAGAAAUACUUUCAAAAUAUGUUGGAGAAAGUGAACAUAGUGUAAGGAAAAUAUUUCAAAGGUAAAAUUGUAUUUAAAAAUAUAUAUAUAUGUAUAUAUAAAUAACUGACUUGUAUAGCCUUAAAUUUGUAUACCUACUCACAAAGAUGUUUUCAACUAAUAGUAUUUUUUUUAUUUACUUGAAUCAUUUAUACAUGUUAAAAAUAGAAAUAUUUAAAACUAAACCCAGGACUUAAAUGCACCUAAAUAGAUCAAUAUGCCUUGAAAAAGCUCUUUGAAAAUAUUUGAAAUCAAAAAUUCCUCUUUACCAUAAAAAUGCAUUAAAUUUUGCUGUAAAUAAUAUUUUUCAUAGUAUAUUUUAUACUUAUUUUUAAAAUUGUAAAUUAUCUUUAAACAGACUGUUGAAUGAAUAAUAAGUUUAAUAGAAUAGCAUGCUCACUAAUAUUAAUUAUUUAUUACUUAAAUAGUAAACUAUAAUAAAUAUAAUAUUUUUAUUUAAUAUUUUAUAGAUUUUAGAUGCUAAUUAUAGUAUUACUAUUCAAAUUUUAAUAUUAAAAUCAGUGAGCAGAUAAAAUAAAAUAAUUUUUAUUUUUGUUUACAGAGCACAAAAUGCUAGACCGUGUAUUAUAUUCUUUGAUGAAUUUGAAAGUAUUGCCCCAAAGUUGGUUUUCAAAAUUAAAAUUUAUUUUGAAGAUUUUAUUAAUAUUUUUUACUUUUAGGCGUGGAUCAGAUCAAACUGGUGUUACAGACCGGGUGGUCAAUCAAUUUCUUACACAAUUGGAUGGUGUGGAUACAUCAGAAGGAAUAUUUGUAAUAACAGCUACCUCUCGUCCUGAUCUAAUUGAUGGAGCAUUAUUAAGACCUGGUCGGAUCGGUAUUAAAUUACAUUGUCCAAUGCCCACAACGGUAAUUAGUUAUCAUAUUAUGUUAAAAAAAUAUAAAAUAUAUAAUACAUUAUGUCAGCUUAAUUUUGUAUACAAUUGCUUAAGAAAACUUAAGAAAAUGUAUAAUUAUUAUACAUUUAUUUAAAUAAUGUACCGAUUUAUACUAAGCAACUUUAUAAGAGAAAAUGUAUUAUAGUUUUAAUACAAUUUAUUAAAAUUAACUUACAAAAAGAUCUUUAUUCAUUAUAAGAAAAGUAACUUUUUAGUAAUAAAUUAUUUAUUUUACUUAUUGGGUAUUAUUUGAAAAUGUAAAAAUUUUAUAUCUAUGUUGAUAAUAUAUAUUUUUAUAAAACCUUUUGUAUGUUACACUAUAAGAUACCACAUAUAAAACAUAUACCAGGUCAGUAAAUAUGAAACCAGAAUUUUUGUACAGAAAAUACAUGUUUAUUGUAUGAAAUAGAUGACAAAUAUUUUAUUCUAAAUAUUGCCCAUUGCUAGCUACAGAUUUUUCUCACCUGUCUGGUAAUUUGUGAAUGCCUCUCCAAAAACACUGUUGAUCUUUUGAGCCGACUCAGUCAUUGAACUGUUUUUGUAAAUUUUCAUAAGAAUUGAAAUACUGCUUAGACAUAUCCCAUUGAUGCAAAUAAAUAGUAAUCGGAUGAAACCAAGUCUGGUGAAUAAGUCACGAAAGUAUUUUCCAACUAAAUACCUCAAUCAUUUCUUUGACCAGUUUUGCUGUGUGAUAGGGUAUUAUCAUAAAACAAAAUCCCUUGUCUUUUUUUGAAAUUCUGGCCAUUUUCUAGUAAAGUUUAAUUUAAAUCAAUCAUUUAUUGUCAGUUGCGCUGAGUGUUAACAGUUUCAACAGGUUUUAGCAGCUCAUAAUAGAUCACAUCCUUCUGAUCCUACCUAACACAGAGCAUUGUCUUCCACCAACCUUUUCAGUGGUCUCUGAUGGUCUUCGUUUCUCAUUUCAAAAUCACUUCUUUUGAAUUUUUUAAACCACUCGAAGCACUGCGAUUUUCUAAGAGCAUGCUCACCAUAAGCUUUAACAAGCAUUGGAUAAGAUUCUGCAGCAUUUUUUUCAAAUGAUAACAGAAAAUUAAUGCUGCAUGCAAAUCAUAAUUUCAAAACACAAAAUUUGACAUGUUCAAUGUUAUUUCAAACUAUGCAGUUGUAUGCAACUUAUAUUGUUAUGAGUUGAAUAUCUUUUGUUAGAUGUUAACAUGGAAAUAACGUCAAUGAUGCAGUAUUGAAAUAACUACAUUGAUAGCUAGAGCUAUUUAUAGGAAAAUUCUGGUUUCAUAUUUACAGACCAAUAACUAUAUAGACUAAAACAUAAUAAUAUUUUUUUUUCUAUUAAAUAUAAUAUUAUUCAAUAUUCACUAUAUUGUUUUUAACUCAUAUCCCUAAACUUUGUUAAUAACUUUUUAAUGCAAUAUGUACCUAAUAUUUUAUUGAUAUUUUCAAUUAAUACUAAAGUGUUUAUUGUUAAGAUAUAUUUUAGUUCAGUGUAAAUAAAUAAAAAUACUUCAUUGUAAAAACAAUAUUCUCUCAACUACAUAUUAUAAAAAUAAUACAAAUCACAUUUAUCUUGGUGAAUUUAUUCAAAUUUAAAAUUAAAAUAAAACAAAUUUAUUUUUUGUUAUUAAUUAAUAAUUAUUAAUACAGCUGUGAUAAUUGUAAGUGAUAAGGUGUAAAUUGUUAACCUCACAAUAUUAGAUAUUGCUCAAACAUUGUAACCCAACACCAUGUACUUUAUGCCAUUCACCAGGAUUUAUGCCUUACUUCCUAUUAAAGGUUAUGCUGCUUUACGUCAAUUUAAUUCACAUAAUAUAAAUGAUCUACAAUGGAAAUGCUAUUAAGACCCCUAUGAUUUAAAACUGAUCAAAAUUCAUCAAUUGCGGAAUGGAGCCAUUGGAAAACACUUUUUAAAAACUACCUUUAAGUAAAAGUGAAGGACAAAAAUAAAUUUGAGGUAUUAAUUAACUUUUUAUCUCACUCAGAGUAUGUUUCUAUAAGUGAAUGUCCCACUUAUCGCUCAGUUAUUCAAAUAUGCAACAAUAUCUACGUUAAACGAACCAAUGAAGUUUUUGUCAGACACUUAAUGUCAAUGAGGAAGUAACCAAAUAGUGAAACUAUCCAUCAGUACCUUUAAAAAUACUCUCUAAAGACUGUGAAUUUAGAUCAGUCUUUGCUGCUCUCUAUGGGGAUUAAUAUUAAUAAGAUAUGCUUUUAUUAAUGGCCUGAUGUCCAAUACCAUAUGCCAAUGUCUUCUAGAGAAUAGUACCCUGAAUUCGGAAAGGUGAUCGCUCAAUCUUAUACCUUUGCAAAGGCACAAAACAGUCUGAAGUUUACAACCAAUUCCAUUAAUGCAAUUGCUAAAGAAGUGACCAUUGUAGAUAAUGAACAACCAGUAAUAACAGCUAUCAAGCAACUUGAUUCUCAUUGUUUCUUCUGCAGAUACUUGCAGAUCUUAAAAUACAAGAGCAUGAGCACAAAAUCUUAAGUUAUUUAUAUUAUCAAAACUAUGAACUGGAACCAACUCAUCUUUUUAAAAAUCUUGUGAAAUGCUCACCAAUCACUAUUAAGUCAUGUCGCUACUCUGAGGAAGAUAUAGAAUUCAUCAGAAAUGAAGUCCAGACAUUAGUGAUUAGGAUGUUGUGGAAGAAAACGCAUCACCCUGGCGAGCAUCAGUUUUACUAACCAAGAAUGAGUGAUAAAAACAUUUGAUAAUAGACUAUUCACAAAUAAUAAAUUGAUUUACCUUACUGGAUGCCUACUGUCUACCAAAUAUUGAUAAGCUGGUAACUAAGGUAGCUCAGUACUUCAUUUUUAGUAAUAUAGACUUAUGUAAUGUGUAUCAUCAAGUAACUUAUGCCAGGAUAAGCCAUAUACAGCUUUUGAAGCAGUAGAAAUUUAGUACCAAUUUAAAAGUAUUUCGUUUGGACUCUAAUUAAGUGGCUUGUUUUCAAAGAAUAAUGGAUACAAUUAUAACGGAUGAGAAUCCUAAUGUGUACCUUGACAUACCGUGAGUAUCAGGUAUGUUUUCACACUAUUCAAAAUGGAUACAGGAGUCUUCCAAUAAAAUUCAUAGUGUGAUUAUAUGCAAAUUCUUCUCAAUGCCUCCAUCAGCGGUGGCAAAUUUUAAAAACCUCAAACUCAAUAUUUUGAAAUCUAUCAUACAGAUUAUUGAUAACAAUCAAUGUUUAGUUGUAACACUUUAUGUCCACUUUAUAACCAUUUAUGUCCUGACUGUCACAUUAAGCUAAAAUGAUAGGCCAAUAAUAUUUUUUUUCAAGGACCUUGAGUGAAUGUGAAAGAAGCAUUCAUUGGUGGAAAAGGAAGUCAAUAGAAUUGUGGUAGCAAUUAGGAAAUUAAGAAAUUUUCUUAUUGGUAAGCAUUUCAAAUUAAGCACAGACCAGGAAGCUCUCUAUUUUAUGUUCAACCUGAAACAUUCAAGUAAAAUUAAAAACAACAAAAUAACAAAGUGGCAAUGUUACAGUUAUGUUUUAAUUUACAACCCUGGUAAAAAUAACAUUGUAGCUGAUGCUUAUUUCAGAGUAUGGUAGUGAUAACCCUAAUAAACUAUUUAACUUACACAAAUUACUCUGCACCCGUGUAUAACACAAAUGUUUCAUUGGAUUAAAAGUAAAUCUGCUCUUUUCCCUAGAUGAUGUAAAAACAAUUGCCAAAGGCUGUCUAAUAUGUGUGGAACUGAAACCAAAAUUCUUGACUACAUGACAACAUGACUACAAGAACAGUAAUUUGGUUCUUUUCUCUUACAAGAUCUUACAACAUUCCUGUGCAGUGAUGGUAUAGCUACAACCUGAAGAUAAUGGACAAGUUGAAUAUUACAAUGGUAUCAUAUGGACGACUAUUCAGCUGGCCUUAGAACGCUAAAUCUGAAAAUAACACAGCACAAUGGGAGAAGUUACUCGCAGAUGCUCUGCACUCCAUUAGAUCCUGAUUAUGGAUUGCUACUAACUGCAUGCCACAUGAAUACCUUUUCAUGCAUCUUAGGCGAUCUGCAAACAGAAUGGCAAUCCCCUCUUGGUUGAGAAUUCCAAGUAUAGUGUUCAUAAAUCGACAUGUACGUCCUUCAAAAUAUGAUCCUCUUGUGGAAGCAUACUCAGAUUAUGCUCUGGUGCUUUUCAAAAAUGGUCGGAAAUCCACCAGUUCAUUAAAACAUCUAGCUCCAACAGGUGACAAGUCACUUAUGGAAGAACCAAUACCUAAAGAGACUCCCCCUUUCCCAUCAAGGAGCACUUGAUAGCUCUGCUGACAAGGAUGGAAACUAAGAAAUUUCAGAUCAUCCUACAGAACCCCUUCAAGAUGAAAACGUAAACUAGUCACAGAACCAUGUAAAUGACUCUAGGAAGUCUGGAAGAGUCUAGGAGUCAACCUAAACAAUUGGAUGUUACCUAAUAAUUACUAUUAUUCUUAAUAGUUAUUAUUUAUUUGUUUGCUUUAUUCUUAUUAUUAUUUAAGAUAAUUACUUUAAUUAUAUAUCUUAUUAAAUAGUUGGGUAGAAUGUGAUAAUAAUUGUAAGUGAUAAGGUGUAUAUUGUUAACCUCACAAUAUUAGAUAUUGCUCAAACAUUGUAACCCAACACCAUGCAUUUUAUGUUAUGCUUAAGUGAAUUAAAUUCUUGCUUUCUACUAAAGGUUAUGCUGUUUUACCACAAAAGCUAAACUUAUUAAACUAUCUGUACAAACAUAACUUUUUAAACUUAUUUACAAUUAAUAUAACAAAUAUACAAUAGUUGCUAUUUAAUGCAGCUACAAUAAAAAAAUAUAUUAACAUUUAUAUACAGCAUAAAACCAAACAAUUUUAUAGAUCUUUAUAUAUACUAUAUAUAUAUCUAUAUAUAUAUAGAUACUAUAUGAUCUAACACUGGUAUACAUACUCUGUAUAUUUUAUCGAAUUUAUAAAUUAUAGUUUUUUAUUUUUUGGAUAAAGAAAAUUAUAUGUAUGCUAAAAAUGUAUUAAUUUGUAUAAUUGUAUUUAUUUUAGGCUGAUAGAGAGGAUAUUUUAGGAGUGCUUUGUACUGACUUAAAAUUAUCUGAAGAUGUGGAUUUAUAUGAAAUUGCUCUGAAGACAAACAAUUUUACGGGAGCAGACUUAAAAGGACUUGUAUAUACAGUUUUCUCCAUAGCAGAAAAAAAAAUAUCUAAAGGUUUGUGACCCAUCAAACAUGUAUUCGUGAAAUUUUAAUGUAUAAAAACAUGUAUCUCUCACUGUUAUAUUAUUAUUGUUACACCAUGAUAGACUUGUAUUCUUCUUCUGUUGUUUUUAAUCUAAGGAUUGGUUUGCAGCAAUUUUGGUGUUUUCUAUGGCUGGCCUUCCUCUUAAUUUCCUGGUAUGAUUUAUAUUCUUGAUCUUCCAUUACUUAGUCCAGUAAACUGAUGGAUUUUAAUUGAGAGAAGGGGGUCAUCAAUAAUUCAACACAAAAUCAAAAAGAUUAAUACUAUACGAAUAUUAAAUGUAUAUUAUUCUAUAGGUAUCAUAUUUUGAUAAACCUAAGGUGUUUAUUUUAUCUUUAAAAAAAAUUAGUAUACCAAUAACCAUAUUGUGUUAUAAUACCAUGUUAUAUUCUAUGAUGUUAGUAAUUUUCUGAAAUACAAAUAUGAAAAAUACUGUUUUUUACCAAUUUCAAAUUAUAUUUUUAACAACUAGAAAAUUAUUUCUGUUCAUUAUUUUUAAUUUUCUGUCUUAACAUGAUGUCCUAAUUAAAAUGUUACAGUUAUUUUCCUUCAAAGUAGAGGGAAAUAGUUUUUAUUUUCAAAUUUUUUCAUUUUGGAAUCCUAUAAUUAUUUUAAAAUGUUUUAUUUGAGUAUUAAUUUUAAAAUGAUGUUGAUAGAUUAACACUUUUUCUAAGCAAAACUACAACUGAGAACAAUACAAAUAUUACACAUUUCAGUAAGACAUUUAUUUUAAAAACUAUUUACAUAGUACAUUAAAAUGGCUGUUCUUUUGCUACUUAUCAUGCUUUUAUAAGAAUGAUAUUGCUCACAGUCUUUUUUAUCUGCAUGAUACUGAAUUGCUCUUCUGAGGACACACAAGCUUUCACAAUUUUUUUUAUUUGGUGCUAGUUUCCCCCCUGUUUUCUUCUUUUACAUCAUAAGCAUUAUCCUGUUUAUGUGUUUGAGGAUUUAAAACCUUAUUAUAGGUAUCAUUUGGUUUCUAAUGUUAUUUCAAUAACUGGAUUAGUCUUCAAUGUUUUAAUAUACAGCUGGUCUGUACUGAGGCAUUCUGUUUCAAUGUGAUUGUAUUAAUUGUCUGAGUUCUUAAUAAGUGGGUUCCACUGUAUUUUGUUUAUAUGGAAAAAAAACUCUUUUUUAUACUGUAUAUGUUUCUUUGAAUGUCUGCAGUUGGUAAAUGCUGACAAUCACCUGUUAAUGUCGACAUACACCUUCUAAUUUGGUAAAUGUUGAAAAAUGAAAAAAGAAUAUAGAUAUUUACUAGUGAAUGUUGCCAUUUACAUCAGGAUUUUGAUCAAUGUUAACAUACAUAACAUGGUUUUGAUUAAUAUUGACAUAAGUAUUUGCACAUAAAUUAUAGACUAUAAACUAUAUUUUACUAUUAUUAUACAAUAUAAUAUAUAGGUACGUGUUUAAUUUAAUCAACUAAUUAUUAUUAUUAUUAAACAAUAUUAAAUUUGUAAUAUUAAUUUAAAUUAUGAUUAUUUUACUAUAUAAAAAUUUGAAUUACUUAUUGAUAAUUUUAUUUCUUAUUGAAACAUGACAAACUGUCAUGACAUUUUGUGGUACAUAAAAUUCCAACAUUUUUACAACCAUUUUUUUUUUUUGUGGUGCACUUUGUUUUGCAAUUAGAUUGUGUAAUUGUAUCCUUGUCUACCAAUAUUGAUGAAUUUGAAACUGGCCUUAAGGAAAUUUUUUGAUCCCUUAGUACAUCAGCAAUUCAUAUUAAAUUUUAUUUACAUAGGUACCAAAAAAUUGCUGGUGUAUAAUUGAUUUACAACACCAUUUUUAGUAGCUAAUUUAUAAAAUUAUUAUCUACUAUAUCUAAAAUAUUUUGAGAAUCCAUUUUACUACAAUCAACAUCUGGAAUUCGAAUACAGACAGUUGCUCCAACUUUAGUAGGAAGAAACUUGUUUUAAAUAAAACAUUUAUACAAUUAUUAAUAAGUUGUAAAUUACCUAUUACCUAUUGCUUAUCUGCAAAACAAUUACCAACAUUUACCAAAAUCCUUAUAUAAAUGUCAAUAUUCACUAGUGAAUAUUUACAAAUUUAAUCAAUAUGCCAACAUUUACCAAUGACUUUGGUGUAUGUCGACAUUAACCGGUGACAUAUAUACAGAAUGAUUUUUUAUUAUGGUUCAAUAAUUAUCUAUAAUGAUUUUAGUAUUUCAUUCAUUAAAAAUAAAUAAUGAUCUUACUUGUAAUACUUUCAUCAUUUUGCCUACAUUCUGUUUAUUAUAAAUACAUAUUAUCAACUUUUGAUUUUCUAAUAGCCCUUUUUCAAAUCAACUUUGAAAAAAGAAUAUUUUUCUAAAACUAUUUUGAUUUAAAACUAUAAAGGGUUAUCUUCUACAAUUAGACGUGAAAUUUAAAACUAGGGUUCAGAACUUUUUGCAUUUGCAUGUUUUUUUGUAAUGCUCGUGGAAUGUUCUAGGUAAAAUGAAAAUUAUUUUCAUGAAGUAAAUAAUUUAAAUAUACAAUUUUAUUUUGCAUAUUUCAUCAUAUUUUAAAGAAAAAAAUUGUAUGUACAUUUUUUAGCAUAAUAAUACAUUUUUCACAUUUUUAACUUUAUUUGAUCAUAAUUUUGUUGACUAAUAUGAUGUGUUCAAACAAAUUUUCUAAAAUAGUUUAUAUGGAUUUACAACUGUAUGAUUAUUUUUAUCCAACAGGAAUUGAAGGUUAUGUUAUCAGCAUAUGAUUUGUUAUUUAUUUAUAAAAUAACUAUUAAAAACUUAAUGAUAGUUUGACAAAAUCAGGAAGUGUACGGCAUUUUUGUAUAAUACUCGGUUGAUAUUUAUAAACUAACCUACAUAAUUCAGUGUAUUUUUCAAAUAUUUAGUUUUAUUUUGCGAGUUAAAAAUUGUAUGAAAUAUCAAACAAUAAGUCAAUACAUAACAGAGUUCAGACAAAAUAUAUUUUUUAUUGGUAGAUUUGUUUUAUUCUGUGAGCUGUAUGAAAUGAAAGUAGGUGUUGAAAGGCAAUUCAUUGUCACACAACAUUUAAAAACAGAAAAAUAUAAAUCAGCAGAGCAACAUCAAAAAAAUUAGAUUAAAAGUACACAACAAUAAGUAUUUAUAUCUAAUACAGUCAAAAAAUAUUUUCACAUUAUGUGAAGCUCUAUUGUCUGCCAAUAUUCCAUUUAAUAAAUUAAGCAACUGUAAUUUCAUAUAUUUUCUAUUAAAAUACAAAGGAAAAAAGUUCGAUUGGAGUCUAAUUUUCGUUUAGGUUAUUUUGAUGAAAUCUAAAAUAAUAUUUUAACUAAAAUUUAUAUGUACGUUAAUGAAAAUGAUAUGGGUUAGCAAUUUAGAAUAGAGGAAAUCAUUGAUCUGAUCAUUUUUGGUACAAAAAUUCCCCAACCCUGUUUACAACUCUUCCUUACCCCAUCCUUAGGAGGAUCUACAUUUUAAAUUGUUAUAAAAUAUAACGCAUAAAUGGUAUAUACUAUAUUAUUGUUAUCCAUAUAAAUAUUUUCCUAUAAUUAUUCAUAUAUUCAAAUUGUAUUGAAAAAAGUAGAUCGGUAUCCCCCAAUUAAUUAAAGUUAAUAUUUUUAAAAAUACCAGUAAUAAUAAUUACAAAAUUAGAAUCAUAUUUUCGACUUUUUUAUGCCUUUUAUUUCAUGUAAAUUGUUUUUUUUCAGUUUGAACAUUUUAAUUGAGUAUGACUUUCUGAAAUAUUACACAUUAAUAUUAUACAAACCUGGCAAGUUAUUAAUUUUUUUCAACUAGUUAAAGUUAAGUUACUUUAAUAUAAAAACAAAUAAAGCUAGAAUAAAAGUUGUUUUCUAAAAUUCCAAUUUAUUAUUGAGAAUAAGUAACAUAAGAUAGAAUAAAAGUUAAUUUUUUUCCCAAUUAAAAAAACUUGAACUAAAUUAUUUGUGAUAAUAUAUCAAUUUAAUUAAUGAUUUAAUGAAAUGUUUGAAGUAUUAAUUUUAAUUUAUAAUCAUUAGAAAUAUCAAUAUGAACAAUGUAUAAUGUACAUUAAAAUAAACUACUAAUUAUUUAAAAUUUGUAUUAAAUUUUAUUUUAAGUGUUAACAUUUCUAUUUAUUUUAAAACUAUAGUUGUAAUUUUUUUAAAUAAAUAGGCCUGUUGUUGAAAAAUAAUUUCUGAAAGCUGUAGGUACAUUAGUUAAAAUAAGAACUUAUAAUAUGUUAUUUAUUUGUGUUGCUGUAUUAAAGUUAGGUACUAGGUAAAUACUAAAUAGUCAUUUUAGUGUAUUAAUUUAAUAUGAUUGGUUAACUAAACUAUUAUAUAAAAUAAAUAAUAUUUCGGGAACUUUUUUAUUAAAUUCUGAGUGUAUCAAAGAUUGUAUUGGUUUUACAUAGAUGUUUAUUUUUUUUUUUAAUUAAAAUUUUUUUUUUUAUAAUGUGUACAAAAAUUCUACCAGAAAUCUUUCUCUGAUUUUAAUGUGUAGCACUUUUUCUGAAAGAAACUGGAUUAGGAAGGUAUCUUAGGGAGGUCAUCUUUCGAUUUACUCAGGAUUUUUCUCAUAAAAUAGGAUGAAACAUCAUAAUUUUUAAUUAAUAAAUCAAUAAAUUAUGUUUUCUACUAGAAAUAUUGCUUAAAUUAAAAUAUGGAGAAAAAACCAAGGAAACUGGACAAAUUUAUAAAAUGUAGGUGUUAGUUAAAAAAUAUUACAACCUUUUUUUUUUUCUGUGAACAACUUUUCUACCAAUAAUUUUGCUCCUAUUUACAAUGAUAGCACUAUUUCUGAAAGGAAACCUGACUGGGAAGGUACUUUAAGAAGUUUAUUUUUUUAUUUUUCCUAGAGUUUUCCCAACAAAUAACAAAAGCAAAAAGAAAUAUGGGAAAUUGAGUAAAUCAGUAUUAUUAUACAAAUAUUAUUAAAGAAAAUAUAUUAUAAUGCUUUUUAAUUAUUUUAAUAUAAUAUGAUAUAUAUAUUGUUGUCAAAGCAUCACUAUCAACUGAACUUCAGAACCUUUUUUAGUCGCUACACAUUUUUAAAUGUGGUGAAAUCACAUCAGUGGUUUAAAGGUGUAGACAAGUACAAACUUACUGAGUAAGUUUUAUCAAGAUCCUAUGCCUAUUAUUUCUGUAAAACACCCAAUUUUAUUAAAAAACAACUAUGAUUUAAAUGCAUCUUCAGGUCCUAUAUUGCUGUUUUACUUGUCAGUACAGUAAUAUUGUAUUUUAGUUUUUUUUUUUGCUUUUUUAAUAAUGUUGAUAAAAUAUUUUCUGCUUUUACAAAUGCUUGGAAUCAUGAUUUGAGGUUUCUCGCAGUUGUUUUUAUAACAAUAUAAAAAUAUACACAAUUCCAAGGAAGGUUUUUUUUAUAAGCAUUUAAAAUUUAAAUUUUGAUAAAUAUUCUCAGCAGUUCACAUAGAUAUCUUUUAUUUUUCUAUUUUUAUUAAUUGUAUCCAUACAAAUUUCCAAAUAUUUGAGAUGAAAUAACACAAAACACUUUUAUUAUUUAUUUUAUAACUAGGUUGAAAUAUUUUUCAAAACUUAUUUAAUUUAAUUUAAUCAAUUUAAUCAAAAAUUUAAUCAAUUAGUUUAUUGUUUUCAAUAGUUUAUGUCACACAGGCACAGAUAUAAAAUGUACCUGUAUAUCUUCCUAACUUCCCUCUUAUAAUAGUUGGCAAUGUAUGUCAGCUUUUAAAAACUAAACCUUUUAAAAGUUCUAUAUUUCAUUAUAUUGAAACCUUUAUUUUCCUGCCUCAUUUGAACCCAUAUUGUUACUACACCUCUGCACGCCAUCUUGCAUUCCUUCUUUUCCUGGAUAUAUUAUGUGAACAUAUUUGAGUAUAAAGUCUAAGUUACUUCUGUGUCAGUCAUUGUUUUCAAUGUACCUUACAGUUCCUGGUUUAUUGACUUUAGUAAUAUAAUCACUACUUUGAUCACCCCCUUAUGGUUUUUUUUUCAAUGUAUCUAUAAUUUCGAAAUAGUAUAUUUAUUUUUAUAAGUUUUUUGCUUGAAAUAAAGUAUUUAGUAAUAAUAAAAUAUUGCAUUUAUAAAAAAAUAAAAUAUUCUAUACACGUGGUGUGACUAAAUACUGAUACCCCUCUUCCUCAUGACCUGACAUUUAUUAGAUAAGAGCAAAAUUUAUUAUCACCUCCCUAUGUGAGAAUUUUAUUAUUAAGGGUAUGGGGUGCUCUCUAUAUAGAAAGGGAGUUGAUUUGCAAAAUUAAAAAAAAAUUGAGAUGAUUUAAUAACUAAUAUUAUAACUAAAAAUAUUGCUAGGCUUUUUUGGUUUUUUUAACAUGAUUUUUGAUUGUUGUAUAAAAAAAUAAUUUCAAUGAGAUGGUUAAACAUGGUGAUUUUCAACAAGUUUUUUGACAUUAGGUUCGAUGUUUGUUAACAUAAGUCGUAAGUCUCCUCUUAUCUUCUUUGUAAUUAAAUCUGUUACAUUGGUGAACACUCGCUUGACGAGAUAUGAGGAAGGAAAGGUUAUUAUUAACCUAUUAUUAUUAUUAUUAAGGUUAUUAUUAAGGGUACUAUUAAAUUUGUUUUAAUGAGAGUCCAAAAUAAUAAAGAUAAUAAAUUAGAAAACAAUCAAAGAUAAGUUUUUGUGCAUUGUUCAACAUAGUACCUAUUAGUGAUUGAUAGCUAUCAUAUGGAUUAGUAUGUAUUAUUUUUAGGUCGCCUCAUGUGCAACGUUUUUGCGUGUACACACUCUGCCCUCCUAUCACCCAAAACUAGUUCACCGCCUCUCGGUAACCCUUCACCGCCCACUGGGCGGCUAUAUCGCCCCGUUGAGAACCACUGGUUUAAAUGAUCCCUUUUUUUUUUCUGCUUUUUCAUAAAAAAAUUUUAGCAGGUGGUAUUUUCAGUUUCUAAACAUGAGUUUAGAACAUUUUAUAUUCCUGGUGUGUCAUGUAGUUACAGUUAAUUUGAUUGGCAAGGAUAUCAGGCGUGUAGCCAGAAAUAUCCAAAGAGGGUAUUAUGAAAAGUAAUAGUUUUAAUUGAAAAAUCUUAAAAAGACAUAUAUUACAUGAUGGGUGGGCCACUAUUAUAGGUGAGAAAUUGGGAAUAUAGUAUAUAGAAGGAAAUUUAAUAUAUAACACAACGAUUAAUCAUUGUUAACGAAAAACGAUUCUGAGCGGAGUUCAGUUAUACAUGUUUUGAAAGUCAUAAUUUAUAUCAUUAGUCAUGUCAUUAGUUAUAAAAAAUAAAAUACUAUAUAAAACUAAAUUUUUUUUUUUUUUUUUGAACACAAAAUAUGACUUAUAAUGAACCUUUUAAAAUUGUCAAGUAUUUCUGUUUAGUUUUAACAUUUUUAUCCACAAAGUAUGUACAGAAUAUCAAUUACUUAAAAAUUUGAAUUAUAAAUAUGUAUAGCUGGCUCAAAAAUGGCAUAAAUGUUUUCCUAGAAAAGACCACUUUGAUUUUCUCUCCGUAUUUCAACUAUUUACCUAUAAUUUUAACAGAUUUAAAAUUAAUAAUAUAAUAGCAUUAUUCUGGUAUAUUUUCUCGUUUUUUCCUAGGUUUUUUCUGGCUUUCCUCAAUUAUUAUAAAACUACUCUUAAAAUUAAAAAAAAAUCUCCUUAAAGUACCACCGCAGUCAACUUUCCUUUCAGAAAAGGUGUUACACAAGAUAGAAAAGUUGUUCACAGUAUAGAAACAUAAAAAGAAACAUCAUUGUAAGACCAUAACAUUUUUUGCUCCACUAUGAUGGUUUUGUCCAUCAAAUUUAUUUACCUAUUUGUUUUAUCAUAGUUUUUUCAAUAAUCAAUCUUUUGCAUCAUACUUUUUUAUAAAAUAUGAACAUUUUUAUGUAAUUAUAUUAAAUAUAUGCAAUUAUUUAUGUAUGGGAGUAUAUCCAUAUUGUAAAAUAAUUUAUCUUGCAAAAUUGUAUUAUAUACAUUUAAUAAAUAAACACAUUUAAGAGGGUAGUGUUGCUAUGCCACUGAAGGAUAUAUAUGCAUACAAUUUGUAACAUUAUUGUUAUUAAAAUUAUUUAAUUAUAAAUUCGUCACAUUUUAAUAUUAUAAAAUAUUACUAAUAAUUCAAAUAUUUAUAUUAAAUGCACAGGUUGAUUUUUUUUAUCAUGAACCAGCAAUUAUCUCAGAGAAUUUUAAGUGAAUUUGAUUUCUGUUUUUUCUAAUGGUUAUGAAAUUAUUUAAGCUUUAUUUUAAAACAAUUAAAAAUUGUUUUAAAAUAAAGCUUAAACAAUUCUAUAAUGAUUAAAAAAAAAAAAACAGAAAUCAAAUUCACUUGAAAUCCUUCAAGAUAAUUGCUGGUUCAAGAUAAAAAAAUUACACUGUAUUUUCAUAAUAGAGCCAAUAUUAUUAAAAUAAGCAUACUAAAAUAUAAGUAGUGCUUAAAGAAUUUUAAAAAUGACCUACUAACUGUUUACAAAUUAAUAUUUUAAAUCUAGAUUUCUGCAAAUAAUAAUGAUAUACUAGGUUAUGAAAUUGUUUUACAAUUGUAUACAUUAAUUAAUUAAUUAUUAUUUAUUGAUUAAUAGUUAUAGUUGAUUGUUUAAAAUGCUUAUGUUUAUAAUAUAUAUUUUAAAAUCAUAAAUUCUUGGUUAUAGAUAUGAACAAUAAUUUUUGUUUCAUUAUAAAUUUUAAGGAAAAUCAAAUUAAAUUGUUUCUAAUAAUAUUUCCAUUUGAAUAUCAUUGGUUUAACUUUAUACCUACAUAGUUUGACAGUCAAAUCAGUUUCAAAAUGCCAUUAUUUAUAUCAGUUUUCAUUCAGUAUAUUAUUAUUCAUACGAACUUAUUAUUUUGUAUGUAAAAAGGGGGUUUUCUAUUAUUCAUAUACCUACCAAACAACCGUCAUUUUACUUUUUUGACAUACCUGGAAUCUGAUCUGAGACAUUUUCUUUAUGUAUAGUAUUGUAAUGUUAUAUAGGUACCUACUUCAAGGAAAAUGUUUGACUUUUUAAAUUCUAAAAAGAAUAUUUACAUAAAUAACAUAUUUAAAAAUCUUGUUAUUGCAGUUACAGUGUAUUCUCACUUUCUCACUUUUUAGUCUGAAGAGUUUAUGCGACAACAAUACACUGUUUCCAUAACAGACUAAUAUUAUUAAUUUAAAAAAUAUAUAAUAUUAGAUAAGAAUAUUUAUACCUAAACACAUAUAAAUAUUAUAAGCACAUACUUAUAAUAUUAUAACUUACCUAAUUUGGUAUUUAAAUUAAGUAAAAAUAAAAAUAUAAGUCUAUAAACUUAUAAAAUAUUAUAAUAUUUAUAUGGUUUAAGAUAAUUCAAAGAGAAGUCAAUAUUAUUAGAUAUAGAUUUAUUUUGACCAAUUGCAACAAAAUUCCAUAGUCUGAAGGGGAGGGGGUAUUUUUUAAAACUUUCAGGUUUCUAUAAUUUUACAAACAAAUUUGAUUUAUUUAAAAAUCAUUAUUAUAAUAAUGCUGUAGAUUAUAUAUGUUGAUAUUACUUAUUUAAUUUUUUUUUUUCAGAACAAGCUGAUUCAUUGAUUUCAGAUGUAAGUAUUAAUUGAAAACUGUAAUUUUCUUUAAAGUUGGUAAUUGACAUUAUCCAAAAUAAUACACUAUUAGGUCAUACCAGUUAUAAGUUGCAAUUAGUAGGUCAUUUUUCCAAUUAUAAAAUUAUAUGUAUACGUGCAUAUAAUAGUAUAGUUAUACCUAUCACUAAAACUUAGUAGCAUGAUUAAAUGCAAAAUGGAAUAUUUUAUGUAUUAUGUACAAAUUCUUAUGUUCCGUAACCACCUAAAAUUGACUACAGCAAUCCUCCACUCUACUCUGUUACUUGUCUCUUAAUAUCUUCAUAUGAAUCACCUUGGUUCAUCAUAAUUUGUAAAAUAAUAUUCCAACUAUGAUUGUCCCCUAUAAUUUUUUCCAUUUCACAUCCUUUAAUUAUCCAAUCAAAAAAAUAAAUGGAUUGCAAUAAUCAAUUAAUUCCUUCUUUUCUUUAAAACUUUCCUUGACAUUAUCUUCAAUACUUCAUUCUUGAACCAUGUCCGUCCAACUUAUAUUGAAUAUUUUUCUGUAACACCAUAUCUCAAAAGCUUCUAUUAUUUGUUUAGACAUUUUUAGCAGGGAAGUAGGAGCUUACAUUUUCUAGAAUUUCCAACCUUAUACUGAAGCAGGAAUUUAAUGUAUACCUGUACGCAACGCUUACUUUUUGCUUACUCAAAACGAUUCUCAGCUGAGUUUAAUUAUUCAUGUUUUAAAAGGCUGUUAUAUUUACGAUUAUAAAAUAAUAUAUUUCGUAAAUUUUCCUAGUUUUUCCCAUUUCUUAUGAAAACCCCUGGGAAAAUCAAAAAAAUUACUUCUUUUAAGUAUCACCCCAGUUAGAUUUGCUUUCAGAAAAAGUCUUACAUUUGAAAAUCGGAACAAAAUUUCUGGUAAAAAAGUUGUUUACAGAAAUAAAACAUAAAUAAACCAAUAAAACCAAUACAUUCCUUGCUUCACUCAGAAUCAUUGAUUGGAUGUGAUAGAGGAAAUUAAAGCCAGAAAAUAAAAGAACCCCCAGAUCUUUUUUAUGACUGGUCGAUGCAAGAUUAAUAUUGUUAAUCGAGUAUGUGUGACUAAUUAAUGUACGAGAUCUGGAGAAGAAUAUGGACUGGCACCUGUUCACGUUAAAAUUAAUACCAAUAGCUUCAAAACAAAUAGCUAGAGUGUUAAGUCCGUCCUGCAUUAGGUGACAAUCUGAGUCAUUGGUAAUUCGCCGGAAAAUGUUUAGAUCGUCUGCAAAAGUUAGAAUAUUACAAUUACAAUAUAUUUGUUUGAUACCAUUGAUAAACAGUGUAAAUAGUAGGUGAUAGGUGGCCUCCCUGAGGAACACCUAAAGGAAUAAAAGAGAUAUCAGAUUUACAUCCAUUAAUUUUCACCCAUUGAUACCUACCAUAUAGAUAUGAUUCAAACCAAGUCAAUAGUGGAUCAUCAAACCUAAUCUUACUGAGUACGUGAAGUAGAAUGUUGUGAUCGACUUUAUCGAAAGUUUUUUCAAAGUUCGUAAGUAUAACAUCAACCUAGUACUUAUUUUCAAAAGCUUCAAGAAUAAAAUUAUCGAGGACCAACAAGUUCAUCAUAGCUAAGUGCUCUGGCCUAAAAUGUUACUGUUCAUCAAUAAGAAUCGGAUUAACUGAAGGCAGAAUGUUUUUGAGUACGAGCUUUCAAAAAGCCUUGGAAUAUGGCCUAGGAUUGAAAUUGGCUUGUAUUUUCUGACACAUGAUUUAUCCUCGGAUUUAAAAAUGGGGGAACUUAGCUUCCAGAUAAACGGAAAUACCCCUUCACCUAAUAAACAACUAUAGAUUUGCCAGAGUAGGGCAGAAAAAAAAGAUUUAAGAUUAAAAAGGAAGCUUCUUAGAAGCCUAUUGGGUUCUAAAGAAUUCGCGUUUUUUAACUUAUCAAGACCAGAUUCUAUAUCAGCAAUGCUAAAAAAGCAAUUAUUUGGCAGGUUGUAACACUGGUGGGAAAGAUUAGCUUUACUCUUGGACGAGGAAACAGAGUAUAGUGUAUUGAAGAACUUAGAAAAUAGAGGGAAAUAUGUUGUAGACUAGAACUAGAAAAUUCAUCUAAGUGGACCGUGUUAGGACAGUACAGUAUAAACCUUCAACUGAAGCGGACGUACUUUUUAGCGGUGUGUCACUUAUCGCAUUUUUGUUGUGUCUACCGAUUGGUUUGAUUACUCGAUAAAUCUAACGGCCGGAACAUGCGUCCAAGUACUACUUCAUCUCGUCUACCACAGAUAACCUGUCCUAUAUUUACUUAUCGGGGUCAAAGAAUCGUCUUUUCAAUUGUGGUACUUUCUGAUAGUGUGCAUUUGUGGUUGCAUUUUGUUUAUUUUACGGCGUCUACUUUCACUUUUUCGUUUACCUGGUUGCCUACUUCUCGUCGGGCACGGUAUUCCCCUCAUAUGUGAAAUAACUAUUUGUAUGCACUUCUCCUAUGGCAAGCACCUUGUGCCCAUUAUCACCGCACCUUAUCUAAAAGUAUCAAGUCUGUUACAUGUAGUACUUGUUGGCGGUCCUUCCAUUCGGCAAAAAUGGCGAAAAUAGCAUUUUUCAGCUCGCCUUCUGCUCAUUCGCCCAAAAUAAACUUGGUGUGCCACUCAUGUCACUCAAUCGGUCAAAGAGCGUUGCCCGCCCAUUCAAAGCUAUGUUUCCUCCAACCUCUUUCAAAUGAUUAUCAACCACUUCUCCCAUAAAUGCUGAUAUUAUGGCUGCAAUCACAAGUCUAGAAGUCGCAAACCGAUAUCAUUAGUUCAUAUAAGUAGAGCAAAGAACUAAAAUAUAAAUAAUAAAACUAAAGAAUUUACAACUCGCUCUUCUCAAAUCACUGAUCUAAAGCAGGAAAAUGCAUUGCUUCGUGAAGAGUUAUCUACUCUUAGGAAUAGAGUCUAUAUUGAAAGCGGCACAAAUGUCUCAGCUCUUCAUUCACACUUUAGCCUCCUAACUCGGGUAAUAUUAGAGACCUAAUCGUGAGUGCUGCAUAAAGAAUGUUGUUAUUCGUAGUCUACCCGUGUAUAAUUCCGCUAUUCUAGCCGAUAGAAUCUCUACUGAUCAAAUUAAAUUAUUUAACCUAUUUUUAACACUGAAUAUUUCCCUGUCAUCUUAUUCUAAAUUACUAAGAGUGGGUAGGGUAGCUUCCGGCACGUGUUCCAUCAAAGUAAUUUUCAACUCUAGUGAAGACAAGACUAUAGUACUGCAUGCUGUCCAACGUUCCGAAAAGUCCUACUAGUUGACCCAGCAUAUAGUCAUCUUCCGUGAUAAAACUAAGUAGGAACGUGACCUAUUCCGUGCUGGUUAUGCUGACUUGGAGCGCAAAAGAGCUGAUGGUGAAUCUGAUCUCCUAGUUGCCCAUGUCAAUAGGAUUCCGAAGGCCACUAGACGUCCAUCAAAAAAUGAGUAGUCUCCACCUGUACCCAGGUGCCCUUAGGCUUCUAGUACCUUUAAUUGUAAUGUUACCAAAUUUAACUAUGUAUUUAUUUGUUUGUUUGAAACCUGGAUGUGUAACAGCAUUAGUGACUCGGAACUUGCCUAUAAAAUUUCAAUACAUUUAGAUGUGAUAGGAACACCAUACCAUCUAUACCAACAAUCUAAGUAGAGGUAGUGGUACGCUUAUUGCUGUGAGCAAAGAUAUUCCCUCUUCCAUACUAAAUAUUCCUGAUAAUAAUGUUGAACAUAUAUUCGUAAAAACUUCCAUUAAUAAAAGACAAUUUAUUGUAGGCUCCGUUUGCAUUUUACGAGUUAUAUAUAGUAUCAGUCUAGUUAACUAUCUCGUCUAAUAACGAUUACACUCUAAUCCUCUGUGGGGAUUUCAAACUUCCCAAUAUUUCUUGGUAUAACGAUGAGUCUGAUCUGUCUUAUUUCUCGGUCGAGUUACUGUUAGGUUAAGUUCGGUUAAUAAAAGAAAGCUCAUGCUCUCUUCGAAAAGUGUAAUAACUCACUUUAUUAUACACUGUUCUCUAAUUUCCGUGCCCAAUAUAAGUUAGAGUCCAAAAAGUGUCGUAAAGACUACAUUACCCGUACUGAGACUAAAUUAAACAAUUUUUAAACCUUAAAAUAAUAUUGAUAUUUAAAAAUUAAUUACUACUCUUUUCGGUGAAAAUUUUUUAUGAAAUUACACUUAUCAGUAAUUUGAUUAAAUACAUUUGCAUAAGUUUCAGAUAUAUUAUUGGGCAACAAACAAAUAACCAAUGGAAUAUUUUCCGAACCAAAAGUAUGCUAGUUAUUAUAAACAAUAAUUAUUUUUCCUACAUUAUAUUCUAAAAAUACAGCUUUCUUAUUAUUUUUAAGUAGAAAUCUGUUCUAAUAAAUUGUAACUCGAUAAUAAUUUGUCUGAUGUAUCACCGUGACUGCUGUGUAUAAUAAUUUUAUUUCGAAUUAUAUCCGUGCAAUUUUCGAUUAUAAUUUAUAUUACGAGUGUAAACAUAAAAACACAAUAAUUUUCAUUUGUUUUAAUAGUAAAAUUUGUCUUUUGAUUCUAGUAAAAAUAUGAGGUUGUCAAAAGUUGUUAAUUAAUGGUACCAGUUUUAAAUCGAUUGUAGAAAGAGGGAGGGGAGCAACUUUACAAACGUUAACCCUGCUAUACACAGGAACUUUAAAAAUAUAAAAACAUUUGGCUUAUCGUUCUAAUUAUUUCUACUGUCUGUAUAAUGUAUUAGUGACGCAAAUAACCUUAAAUUUGUUAUUUAUCGAAAUUAAAAAUACGCAAGACACGAAAUAAUAUUAGUAAACGAUUCGAUGACGUGGAUUGAAAAAGAAACGAAAAUCGAAUUUUUCAAAAUCAUUGUAUAUAAUAUAAUAUUAUAUUACAGUCAUAAAUAAUCUUCGCGCUGCGGCCGGUUCGCGUAAUAAAAUAAUCAUGCUAUUCAGUGUUAUCCGAAUGCUAAUAACUCUGUCAAUAUUUUUUAUUUUUUUUUUCAAUCGAGUUUUGUGUCAUACCUAAAAUUGUAGAGAAAAAUAAAAGUAUGAUACAUUACAGUUUUUAGAACAUUAUAUUUUACAAAUUGGCCAUUUUGAAAAAUUUAAAAAAUACAAUUUUUUUUUUUCAGUGAUUAUGAGAUGAAAAUAAAAAUUUAAUUUUUCUCUAUAUUUGUAGACGUAAUACAAAACCCAAUUGAAAAAAAAAAUGAAUAUUUACAGAGUUAUCAGCACUCAGAUAACAUUGCAGUAGGAUACCUGUAUAUUAUACGUUUUUUCUCACGAAGAUAUUGAUAUCUCCUGAGAUUAUAAAGAUAAUGAAAUUCUGUUGUUUUUUUUUUUUUAUAUUUUACUCACAAUAAUAAAGACUAAAAAUAUUUUUUAUGUUUUGGUAAAAAAACUACUUUUCAUUUUAUUAUUUUUGACAAAUUUGUUGAAAGCCAUUUCAUUAGAGUUUAUAGAACCUCUUCUGAAAAUGUUGACGUUAAAAUUUUUAUUUUCAUUAAAUUCGUGACUUUUAAUAAUUUUUUUUAGUUUUAAGACAGAAAAUGUGUACAGUCAAAAUUAGCCAUAAUAAUAAUGAUCAAUAUUAUCAAAUAGGUACGAUUACAGCACGCUGCAUAGUUAUAUGCAGUUUUCUCUGAACUUUAAAAUCGCGAAUUUAAUGGAAAUAAAACGUUGUAACGUCAAAAUAAUUUUUUAAAUUUUUUUAUCAAAACCGUACAAAUUUAAUGCGAAUUAUAAUAAAACGGAAUUUGAUUAUUUUUAUUAUCUCCGGAGAAAUUACUAUGGGUACAUCUUCAUGGGGCACCCUGUAUAAAUAAGACCAGAGUAAACAAAUGAGAUAAUCAAGUGGCGUAUAUCAUUCACGCAUUAUAUCUAUAUAUUUAUUUAUAUAUAUAUAUUAUAUACGGAUAAUAACGUGUGUGUAUAUAAAGGGAUCCGGCUUUCGGUUUUCGGCCAUUCGGAUUGCAAGGCAAAUAAGGAAAAAAAAAAAAAAAUAUUAUAGCCGCGGCGCGUGUCGACACCCCGUCACGUUUUCUCCCCCCCCCCUCCCCCCGUAUAUACAUUAUUUGUUUGAAUUAUUCAUUUGCGAGCCUGGCCGUAGUCGCCGGUUAAUAAUCCGACUCUGUUAUAGUAUUAUAUCACCCUCGGAAUAAAAAAAAAAAAAAAUUCUAUCGUAAUCGUCCCGGCGGAUUUUUAAACUUCAACUCGUCGCCUCCCACACGUAGUUCACAUUUUAUUUAUUAGAAUCUCCACUUUUGGAACGAUGAACUGUAAAUAUUGUAUAGUUGUGUAUCGUUUUAUUACCGACAACGACGCGGGUAUACAAUGUUUGUAAAGAAAAAAAAAAUCAGCUACAACGGGCCCCCACCCCCUCCAUCUGUCCUGCUCCAGAUGUAUAAUACAAAUUUCCUCGUUAUUGACAUUCGGCGGAGAGGGAGGGGAAAACAAAAUAAACGCAAAUAUAUUGCCGACGACCGCUGCACCGGUGUGUUUCGCGCGAAACCAAUUCCGUUUUUAGAAUGAAUGUGAAACCCAACGCAAAUAAAAUAUACUUUUCGGAAGUGAAGAAGUCAUUAUAAUACAUAUUACUAAUAUAUUAUUGUGAGGGUAUACAUAUAUAUAUAUAUUAUAAUAUAAUACCCGAGCCAACCUGUCCCUUUCCCAACACCCCCAUCCCACACUCGUCCCGCAACAAACGAACGGAAAGUGGGAAAACGCCGGUGGUUUCAAAUGGUUUCCCGGUGUAGUGCAAUAAUAAUUAAAUCGUCGUGUCCUAUUCUUGCUGCUUGCUGCAGUCUGAUGACGGACGCCGUCGCGUUUUUCCCUUUUUUUUCGUUUUUUCUUUUUUUUUUUAUAAAAGCGCAUAACUCGUGUUUAUAUUUGCUCGAUAAACAUCGAUUAAAAAUACACCGAAAUUCAAUCACGUCAUUAUAUUAUAAUACCGAUUCGUGUACGGCCGCAGCAGAGAGUGAAUCAACGGUCCCGGUGUAUAAGGUCUACAAAAUAACACAAAAGCACCUUGUCGGCGAAUACGUACGAGUAUUUUUUUUUUUUUUUUUUUAUACAUAUAUACAUCCCUUUCGAUCCACGCGUUUAUCUCAGCGCGUUUGAAAAAAAAAAAAUCCGAAAUUUAUGUUGGUUAUUUUAUUUUUUUCUGUAUUAUGACCACGACCUAGGCCCGUUUUUGGUUAGUGAAAAUCCUGCGAAACCCAUCGCGCAAUUUCGGGAAAUUCGGAUUUUCUUAAUUUGAAACAUUUAUCUAUAAUUUCAUAACGAGUUUAUAUAAAAAAAAAAAAAACUCUUUUUUUUAAAUUUCAAUAUAUGGAACAAGCACUAUUUUAUACGUAGUAAAUAUCAUAAUUUUUUUUUUUUUUUUUUGUCAGGAUGAUAAUGCGUUAAGUGAACCGACAAUCACAGCCGACGAUUUUUGGGAUGCCUUAAAUACUACAAGCCCGUCUUUGCAGCAAUCCGAUAUUGAUCACUUUGAAGAAAUGUAAGUUGUUUUUUUCUAUAUAAUUCGACCGUGCCCUUUGUUGUACAAAACCGCGUCUAAAUAAUAAUAAGUCCUAACAAUCAUAAUAAAAUAUGCAUUUUCAGACAUAAAUUGUUCAGCAAGGAGAAAAUGGCGAAUGCGAACAUUAACAUGACAAAACUACAAAAAACGACUUAUGCGUGAUCUCCAGGGGUUAUUUUUAAUAAUUUAUUUGUUGUAAACUGCAGGUAUGAUUACUGGUAAAUUACUGGUGAUCGUUAGUUUCAAUAUAAAACGGUGUUAGACCUCAUAACAUAAUAUGUGUUUUUUGUAUUUUAUCCACAAUUAUUGUUAUUAUAUUUUGCCACUGAAAUGAUUAAAUUACAAAUAAUGUUGUCUUUAACUGUACCCAGCGGGAUUUAGAAAUUUUAGGAAAUAUUUUCACUGUGUGGAUUUGUCCUUUAUAUAUAGCCUUUUAAGGUAUUAAUAUGUAUUCGAAAGUCAAGUGUCAUUAAAGUUAAUUUUAAUCAUAUUAGUUAAGAGAGUAACUAAACAUUAUUCUGUCUAUGGUCUAUGCAAAUUUAUCAAAAGAGCAGAAGGAAACAGAAGUUAAUUUAGUAGAAAAUUUAACAUCCAUUUUUAUACAAACUAUUAACUACUAUACGUAUUAUGAGACUACAAAAUAUGUCAUAGAUUAGAAUAGAACCCUGGGUAUUAUAUUGAGAAAUUUUAAACUGCUUUUGCUUUAAAUUUACAAUGUUAAACGUUUGUACAAUUAUUUUUGUUCUAUAUUUUAAUGUAAACAUUUUAAU